UAUGGGAAGGAGAUGUGUUGUGCUUCAUGAGGCAAAUGGUGGUCAUGCCAGAUACUGACUGUUUUUCUGAACCAGCCCCUACUUUGUUUUAAAAAGGUAUCUGUGACCAAUAUAUGCAUCUGUAAUCCCAGUCAUAUGCAAGCCAUAUUAGGGCCUAAUUUAUUUAUGUCAAUUGACUGAUUUCCUUAUAUGAACUGUAAAUCAUAUUUUUGUUCAGUGUAGAUGGAAUAAAGUAAUUAUAUUAUUUUCUACUCUAUUCUUGCUAAACACACUGUUCUUUCUAAACAAGUCUGGUCUGAGCUUGAAAGAUGGUCAUCAUAGGAGAUUUGAUGUGUAAUGUAAUAAGCAGGUCUGCCUUUCAAAAGGACAGCGUGCUUGCCUUUUUUCAUUCAACCACACCCUUUGAGCUAUGACAUCAUGUUGCCAACCAAUAAGAUCAUUUCUAUUAAGUAAAGCAGAGGCCAAGAGAUUAGUGUUUUUUUUAUGCUUUAAACACUAACAGCGAUCCUUGAAGCACCAUCUCUGAAACCAUUAACACUUGUAGCCAAUGCAUUAACCAUUUGUACCAAACUGAAUGCACGUUCUCUGCUUUACACUCAGUUUGCAAUUUAAUAACAUACUUCUAGCAAAACUGUAAACAUUGGUCUCUACAUUGCUACACAAUUUCGCCAAUUGCCUUUCCACAUGUGAAAACACUUUUAGAUAAUGAGUUCACUUACAAAUCAGAGCUUGAGCACUAUAAAUAGGCCACAGGUAAACAUUUGGUUUGGACAACAAUGUUGUCAACCAUGGGAUGAGCAUGAGGGAGACUGGGCAACCGGGUUCAACCAAAUCUGAGCCACUAUACUGUUGCAGGUAUCAUCUAGAUAUUUCGAAAUGAGACUAAGUGCUGUAGUCUUACUGGUACAGUAAUAUGUACUGUACUUUCAUAAUAAGGAUCUUCACUAAAACCAUUCAAAUGUUUUUACAGAACUGCAAGAAAACCAGUAUCUGGUGGAAGAGGUCGACUGUUCACCCCAGAGCAGGAGACCCACAUUGUAAAUAUGGUCAUUGCAAAUAACUGCAUCAGACUCAGAGAACUGCAGGACCACAUAAUGGUAGAUAACACCAUAUUCCAAAACGUCAACAGAGUGAGUCUCUCUGCACUGUCUCGUCUACUGAAACGCAAUAGAAUUAGGAUGAAGCAGCUGUACAGAGUCCCUUUCGAAAGAAACGCAGACCGUAUAAAACAACUGAGAUAUGAAUAUGUGCAGAGAGUCAUGGAGCUAGAAGCAGAUGCAGUGCAUCAUGAGCUAAUAUAUGUGGACGAGGCAGGUUUCAACCUUGCAAAAACAAGGAGCCGCGGCAGAAAUAUCAUUGGACACCGUGCCAUCAUCAACGUCUCGGGACAACGUGGUGGCAACAUAACAAUGUGUGCGGCUAUUAGUCAAAAUGGCGUCCUUCACCAUCAUGCAAUCCUAGGCCCAUACAACACUGCACACAUUAUCACAUUUCUGGACACCCUCCACAACAGACUAAUCCCUGAUGACCAGGGGCCAGAGCAGCCCAGGUACGUUAUCAUCUGGGACAAUGUUAGUUUCCACCGGGCUGCUGUGGUCCGCAAUUGGUUCACAGGUCACCCACUUUUCAUCUCACUCAAUCUCCCCCCAUACUCUCCGUUCUUGAGUCCUAUUGAAGAAUUCUUCUCUGCAUGGCGUUGGAAGGUGUACGAUCGCCAGCCCCACCAACGCAUACCCCUUCUACAGGCAAUGGAGGAGGCUUGUGGAGACAUCGAUCAGGGUCAUGCCAUGCCUGGAUACAGGACUCCAGGCGAUACUUUCCACGCUGCCUAGCUCAAGACAACAUCGCAUGUGAUGUGGAUGAAGUCUUAUGGCCAGACCCACAAAGGCGGCGGGAUUUAGCCUAAUUUUCUUCUGUUAUUUGUUUUCUUCUUGCGCCAAUGAUUUUGUUUUCUUCUACUGCGCUUUUGUUGUUUGAGGAGUGUUUGAACAUUGAGGGGUAAAAAAAAACUUUUCCCCCUUAUCUGUAUUAACACACUAUCAUGUUCGGAAUACACAUCCAUAAUUUACACAUUUGGAUACCUGUGUUUACUACAUGUAUGACAAAACUUUAUUGCAAACUGCUAUGCCCUGCCCACAGAAAAAGUAAAAGCCACAAGUGUUUUUCAUUUGUACUAUCAGUG